AUGCGGCUCCACGAGUCUGUCCUUUGCGCCACCGCUCCGGUUGCUUCAGGGUCAGGUGCAGGCACCUUGUCUCUCCACGACAUUCAGAAUGGCACAUCUCUCGCUUCAUGGAAGCAAACCUCUUCAAACGUGCACUGCACAACAACGGUGCAAUCUCGGGAUGGACAAGGGGGCUUCAUGCUCGCGGCACAACGAGACAAAUCUAUUUUGCACGUGUACCACUUCCAAAAGGAUCAGCUUGCGUUGAAAAUCGUCCUUCCAGAGAAACUGGCGGCGCUCGCUGCAGAUCCGAGCGGGAAGUAUUGUGCAGGUGCGACAACUCAAGGCCGAAUAUUUCUCUGGGAGGUUGCCUCAGGGAUCAUGUUCAACUCAUGGGAUGCGCACUACCGCUCUAUAACUGUUAUGUGCUUCUCGCAAGACGCAGCUGCUCUCAUCGCCGGUAGUGAGGAUUCUGGGGUCAGCGUGUGGUCAAUUGCCAGGCUUGUCGACAACGUGCUGCAGGAUGAGUUGCCAACACCAUAUUGCGCUUUCACCGACCACACCCUGCCCGUCACCCACAUCGUCUGCGGCGUCGGGUCUUUCCCAAAAUGCCGUAUCCUUACGGCUUCCACGGAUAACACAGUGAAGAUGUGGGACCCGGCCUCAAAGACUCUACUCACAACGUUCUAUUUCCCCCAACCAAUCGCUCACGUUGUUCUGGAUCCCACGGAACGGAUGUUCUUCGCCGCCUCGUCAGAUGGUUCCAUUCACCAGGUCAACCUCUUCCGCCAACGGGAAGACAAGUUCAGCCGGGUAGCAAUAGAAGCAGUUGGAGGCGCAGGUAUCAGCGACGUAAUCCGCGUCAACGAACCUGGCUCUGCCUCUACGAAGCGUAGGCUGAUUUCUGUUGGGGAGCCCGUAUCAGCCAUGACGUUGUCACUCACGUCAUCUAUCCUCCUCGUUGGUACGACCACUGGGCUCAUUCACAUGUACGACGUGGCGUCGCACCAGCUUCUCCGGACGUUGUCGACACACAAAGGGAUGGCGAUCACAUAUUUGACGACCAUGCUACGCCCUCCGGACCUCAUUGGGCACAUUAGUCUAUCACUGGGUCCCGCUGGUAACGGCAGCAAGGAAAGCAUUCCAGUCCGGCCCGUCGCACCCUUCCAACGCAUACGUGACGCGAAAGCGCGCGAAGCUCACGAAGUAACGAUGAUGCUACCCCAGACCAAGACCACUCCAAACGCAUUCUUCUCAUACUCCAGUGCUGAGCUUAUCAACGACCAUGCGUUCUUCGUGCAGCCACCAUCCACUGCCGACGCAACCCCUGGGGUUGCUCUGCAGUCGAGGGUCACUGAAUUGGAAGGAGAAGUCGCUCGUUUGAAGGAGCAACUUGGAAAGGCCAAGGGGAUUAACGACGUGAUGUGGGAGUCCGUGGUGCAGCGCUUGGUUGCUGAGAGCAAAGACCAGUCGAAUGGUGCAGAUGAAGACGUCGCGAUGACUACGAAUAAUGGACAGGAAGGUCGUCGGAGAAAAAGGAAUCGCACGUAG